AUGCAAUGUAUUUACUGUACAUAUGGUCAUGGUCAAUUCAGUGGUUGUCGAGUUGAGCACAAGCACAACACUACCGGCUUAGUCAACAUUAGACAGACACAUCAGAACUCAGAGUCCUGCCUCGAGCUUCAGUCUUCACUCACUCCUUCUCUCGUUGCCGGUAGUUGGUCCAAUCCCUCCAUGCCAGAUAUCGACGAGCGGCUCUGCUGCUAUUUCGAUGAGAACGGAAAACAAUGCAGUUGCAGGAUGUUUACCGCACCUGCCAACAAGAAUGCACGUUAUCACUGUCGUGAGUGCACGCAUGGUUUCAGUAAUCACCCGGAAGCACAGUUUAGCAACAAAUCCCCGAAAAUUGACUAUGGAUGUAAAGGUAGAGCCUGCAACCGGCAACCGGCUUUUGGAUGUGUUCCAUCAACGGAAGACAUCUCGCACUAUGGACGGGUCCCAUCUGGUAACCAUGAUGGGUCCCAGCAGGAUGUUUUAGUUGGAACGUGGCUACUACUGAUCAAUGCAUUGGAUGAGUGUGUGCACACUGGUGCCAAUGCGGCCAAAUUCGCAUUCCGGCGGGACUGGACUCACGACGAUGUCGACAAGUACCUCAGAGAACACGUUUUCCCGCGUCCGAUGGAGUAUGCACUUAUGCACAAGAAGGGUAAAAGUAAGGCGAGCUGUUGUUGGAAACUCGCCUUCAAGGAGAAACAACGAUUCGGACUCGCAGUGACCGAGGACCUUCCGACUGGCCAGGAUCUAUUCUACUAUCGAGGACGGUUUAAAUGUGGCACAGAUUCGAGCAUAAUUAUAGGUAUGAGUUAUGCCUUCCACCUGUUAAACUACUAA